CCGUUCCGUAUUUAGGGUCAGUGACGUGAUUGUUUACUAUGAUGGCAACGCCUCUCGCUCUCCCACAGUUUCUCGUGCAUUGUCUUGCAGUUCUCACGUGCCGGCGCACUUUUCUCGGCCUAAUUUGUGGGAUUGCUACGAUUUUCUCGUCUCCGGCGCGUUGUACAGUUAGAUCGAUCGUGGCUUGGUCGUGAAGAGGCGUCGGAGUCACCGCCCGUGAUUCACGCUCUUGUCGAGGGAGUUUUCCUGUUAAUUGCCGGUUAUCGCGUCGUGUAAUAGUCCAGCAAGGUGUUUCCUUGUUUUGGCGCGUUGCACCUUGAUGGUGUGGUUGGUGUAGCUAGUGUUAUGGAACUGUCGGCUCUCGACCGCCUCCUGCGGACGGGAGACAGAGUGCGAGUGCAGAAAUGUUCUCUGCGCUAGCUUAUCAGUUGUCCACCACAUUCCUGGAGGAGUGUGACAAGAAGAAUCCUCAGAAGUCUUCGGAGGCCGCCAAGUUCACGGACUACUUCGGGGUCUACGACAACAUGGGAGCUUGCGCAUCCAAGUGCGGGGCGUCCCGUUUCCGGCGGCCGGUCCCCGCCAAGAUGUCGAAGAAGCCGGCGCCCGCGCCGACCCUGCACAAGGUCAUCAUGGUGGGCUCGGGUGGCGUGGGCAAGUCCGCCCUCACCCUACAGUUCAUGUAUGACGAGUUCGUUGAAGACUACGAGCCUACUAAAGCCGACAGCUAUAGGAAAAAGGUUGUCCUGGACGGCGAAGAAGUCCAGAUCGACAUCCUAGACACAGCCGGGCAGGAGGACUACGCAGCCAUCCGGGAUAACUAUUUCCGGUCCGGCGAGGGCUUCCUCUGCGUCUUCUCCAUCACCGAGCCCGAGAGCUUUGACGCCACGCAAGAGUUCAGGGAACAGAUCCUUCGCGUAAAGAACGCCGAGAACAUUCCCUUCCUGCUCGUCGGCAACAAGUCCGACCUGGCGGAGAAGCGGCGGGUGCCGCUUGACGCGUGCCGGGAGCGGGCGACGGCCUGGCAGGUGCCUUACGUCGAGACCUCCGCCAAGACGAGGGACAACGUCGACAAGGUGUUCUUCGACCUGAUGCGCGAGAUCCGGUCACGCAAGUCGGACGACUCGCGCGCCGGCGGCGACGAGGUCAAGAAGAAGAGGAAGAGGAUCAAGUGCGCCAUCCUCUAAGGGAACUGUCGACCUUGUGGCCUGGUAAUAAGGUCGUUGUGGCCAGCUGAUUGUGUUAAUGGUAGUACCUGAGGGCGAGCACGUUUGGUAUAGGUAUAGGGCGUCUAAUAGUUCUACAGACAGUUAAUAAUACUUGCUAGAAAACAAACGCUAAACUGACGUAUGACUCUCGGAAUAUUAUCGGUGUUAGAUAAUUUUGUGCGCUUUGUCAUGCAAGAUAUGAAUACCUGUAGCGUUAACUUUAAGAUAUUCCGAAAAGCUAAAUUUACUGAUUUAAUAGGUUAUUCUGUCUAUCACUUUAAUUUUAAUCAUAUUCCAUCCGUGGAAUUAGAAAAAUUAUAGCAUCAACUGAAAACCUGAGUUAUGUGAUUUUAAUUAUCUUUUUAAAAGACCUAAAACUAUUAUUAAGUACUUUGAUCAAAAUACCAUGAAAACGGAAUAAAAAACUGCGUAUACACAUACACAUAGCAUGUAUAGUCUUACGUAAGGUCCAUAUCAUACCAAGCGUGCAACGACCGAUGCGUUUUUUGUCUAAGUUUACCAGUUGAAAGUUCAGUUUUACCACAGCAACACAACUGAGCAUCAAUAGACCUUCUGUCUUUGUAAUAAAGUUUAAAAUGGUCAGUCAACUGUGCGAUGGUAUCAAUGGAGGUUGACAUAACCUCUAUUAGGGUUAAUACAGUCCUAAAUACUCGACUGAGCUUUCCGCUGGUACUUAUCGCUUUAUGUCAACAUAAUGAACGCAUAUUUGUACUUUUGCAUUGACAUUUUUAUAAGCUAGCUACACACUUACCAAAUGUACGGAAAUAUAUGAGGUUAGAGAACUGUUUUGUGAAUAUUGUUUGGUUUGAGUAGAUUUGGUGUAAGUGUGAUUUGUUAGACAUCUGGUUCUUCCCGCCGUCACUGGUUUUGUCGCUUAGGACUAUGAAGGUAAAUUUUCUAAAAGGUUUUCCCCGAAAUCAGGCUUUAUAACUCAACAAAAGAUAUAUUUUCUAAAAAUGGACAUACAUAUAUCCAAAAUUUCCAAAAGGGGGCUUGCAUUAAAAAACCAGUUUCUGUAAAAAAAUAAACACAACUUGUCAAAAAUGAAAAAGAACAAUUACUGCAUAUAGACUUGACUUUUUGCGAGAAUGAACUUCAUAGUCCUAAGCCUGUAAAUGUAAGGUAUAAAAAUAAACAAAUGCAACUCAAGGUUUCACUAUUGAUAUUAUUUGGUCCGGGCCAUAUUGAGCCCUGUCCCCGUGUAAUAAAGUGUAUUAUCGACUGUGCUAGAUGCAAAGGCUUGGUCCACUCGCCCGUAUUGGUGCUGGCUUUUUGAACUCGUGGUUAGGUUUACUCAAAUUGUAAAAAACUAAAGAAUUAUGGAUUUUAGAAGAGAUGUAAAGAUUAACAAAAAACCGUGCCUCCAGGUUUGAUAGUCGGGUUUAUAUAGCACUUUUCGAUGUCAUAUUUUGUUUGCCAACUUUUGAUAACCAGAGUUAGUCAGUUAGCGCAUAAUGUACGGGCCUUUUUUUGCGAUUUAUUUAGACUUCACACCUCUUCUAUUAUUAAUAAUUAUUUGCGUAAAUUAUAUAAUGUUUAAAUUAUUAUUAUGGAUUUUUAAUGCUCAUCUCCACUACUAGAUAUCAUUAAAAUGGCAAUUCUGAUGAAAUGUAUGCAUAUAGCUCGAUCAAAGGAAUUUAUACCACAGAGUAACUAAUAGUACCAUGUUUAUACACAAAAUAAUCUUCAGUCAGGCUUGUAAAAUAUGUAUUUUACGGGCAAAAACAUACUUAAAUUGUCUUUGAUUGUGUUAUAAUAUGGCAAAGUUUGGGAUAAGUUGGGAUUAUGCAGACAAUAAAUUACUCACAGAUAUCAUAGAAAUAGAAAACGCCUUGCAAUAGUACCUUUGUAUCACCAUACACAGCAAGUGUAUUAUUAAAAUAUGUUUUGUAUUUAUUUUCUAUGUUGUAAGUGCUAAAUGUAUUGAGUGUCUGAAUGUUGCCUCGACAAAGUUAUAUAAGACAGUUUAGAUAACUGUCAAAACUCUUAGAAAUAUUCAAAUAUUUCAAUUGUUUUAUACUUUCAAUACGUGUCAAUGCAAUUUGAACCUUAAAUGUAAUAAUAUAAGGCUUAUUCUUAGUCGAGGCGAGUGUGUAAAAUGCUCACAGAGUAUGAAUUAUGUAAUCAAUAGAUUAAAGCUUCACGAGACGAUAAGGCGUAGGUGAGGUACGCAAUAGUUAGAAAAACAACGAAUUUAACAAAAAAAUGGACCAACAAUGUCUAUGAUUUUCUUAAGACAGAAGUCCUACUAAGCAUAAACAUAGUAUACACAUUGCUUUAAGUUUUUUGUAAAAUGCUUUAAUAAAAUCCUUAAAUUACUAGUAACUAGACUUUUGUGUUUACCUCGCCUUCGCCUGAAGUAUUCACACUAAUUAUUAUAAGGAUGAUGUUUUUACAAUCCCUGCCAAAUACAGUGUAAAAUUGUAAAUUUACUUAGAUGACUGCUAAGUGAAAUAUAUGAUAUUGAAAUGUAUGAAUUCGAAUUAAUGUACUUCAUUCAGAUACAUAUAUAUAAAUGUCCUCAAACUAUGUUUUAUAGCGAGCAAUGCAAUUUUAAUGCCAUUAGUAUAACACGUGAUUUGACAAUUUGUUAACAAAGACUACACUUGAGAGUAAUGAAAAUACGUCACUUUAUAUGUAAAUUCUCAUACAAACGGACCGAUUUGAUUGCUUUACAGUGUUGUACGCAGUUAAUUAGAUAUUGUUAAAUCGUGUGAAUAUUACAAAUCCUACCACAUAAAAUACAACUCAAUAAGCAGUACUUUCCUUUAAACUACCGUUUUUUUACUUACUCGGUUUACAUUGUUUGUGCACAUUUAUGAUAAUGAAUGAAGUAUCCGAAAACCGAGCUGGAAUUGUCAAUGUCACGUUAUUUUAUUACAAAAUGUAUGUUAGGAUAUUGCUAGUGUACUUGUAUGUAUGUUCGCCUGCUUGGGGUGUUUGCAAUGGAUCAACGAACGUUGAUGCUAUGGACUGGACUAGGGAUUGCAAUCCGGUCCGGCGGAUCCGGUAAUCCGGCCGGAUCCGGCACAUUUUCCAUGAUACCGGAUCCGGCAAAUAUCACCGGAUCCGGUAAAGUGAAUCAAAGCGCUAAAAUAUAAAAUAACAGCUUAAAAUUUAAAAGUUCUCGCCAGUAUUCGAAUUUUCUCGCUCGCAAACAGCAACACAAUAACUUGUUUGUUAGUUGACGCCAGUCUUCUAGCCGACGAAAUAUGUGUCGUGAGAUUUCCGUGCACCGUAAGUACUGGAUUGGUUUAUAUUCAAUUUAUUGUGUUGUUACAUUGUAAUUUAAUGUACAUGUUCUUUCGUUUUAUUUUGUACAAACCAUUUUAGCCCACUUAUAAUAAGUGUUACCUGCAUUUAAAAUAUAAUGAAUAAAUAUUUAUAAAAUUAAAUAGAGAAAUAUAUGUUGACUUUUGACGACCGGUCUGACCUAGCCAGUGGGUAGUGAUCCUGCCUGUGGAGCCGCGAUCCUGGGUUUUCGAAUCCCGGUAAGGACAAUUAUUUGUGUGAUGAGCACAGAUAUUUGUUCCUGAGUCAUGGUUGCUUUCUAUGUAUUUAAUUUUAAGUAUUUGUAUAUUAUAUAUCGUUGUCUGAGUACCAACAACACAAGCUUUCUUGAGCUUACCGUGGGGCUUAGUCAAUUUGUGUAAAAAUGUCCUAUAAUAUUUAUUAUUCUCUUUAUUUAUUUUUCUUCUUAAGUUAGGUUAAUUAUAAUAUGAAUAUAAAAGUAAAAUAUAAAAACACUUACAAAACAAUAAAAAAAAGUUAUAAACACAUUAUAAAAAACCUAACCUAGGGUGCCGCCGGCAGCGGGGCAGGAUAUUUAUUUAUUAUUAUUAUUUAUAUGUUAUUUUGUUCUCUUUAUUUAUUUUUCUUUUUCUUUUUUUAUUUUGUUAUUAUUAUGCUACUAAAUGUACUUAUAUAGGUAUACAUGUUUAUUGAUUUUGUUUGCUAAAACUAAAAUGGUUGAAUUGAGAGCACCUUUUUGUUGGAAAUGUGGGUUGGGCUAUAGAUAUUUUAAGAGAAAAAGAAGAUUUUAUUUGUGGUUAAGUAAUGAAAACGUUGAUUUUUGAAACUUAAAACAGCCGUCAUCGAAUUAAACUGUUGUGAGACAUACUAACAUUGAAUAAUUUACGGUUUAGACUCACUUGUUUUUAGUCACUCGCGCGACAUGUUUCGGAUAGCCUAGGUCUCCUGUUAAGACACCCGUUUUAUUAAUCCAUUAAAAAAUAUCCUUAACUUCGCAUAUAACGCUAAAACAUGAUAAAAUACGUGACUUGAUGAAUUUUUUAUCCGCAAUACCAAUCCGGCCGAAUCCGCCGGAUUGAGGCCAAAAUCCGGCCGGAUCCGGCCGGAUUCAAAACCAGUCCGGAUUGCAAUCCCUAGACUGGACCCUUCCCCACAAAAUACUGCCGUAACGCUUUCCAAGAUGUGUUGAAGGGUAGUACAAAACCGGUUUUUAUUGUUAUAAGAACCGGUUAAAAUCAGUUUCAUUAUGGCAAAAUAAUCGUUUUAACUAUCACUUAUGUUGCAAUAACGUGUUUAUCUUUAGGAAAAAGGGAGUAUCAUCAAUAUACAACAUAUAUGUGUUUGGAAUGUAAUGUAACUUUGGAAUACGUUUGUGGUCCAGUGUUUUGGGAGGGAGGGUAUAAGAAUAUUGUAAUGCCAUUACUGUUUAUCUUUAAGAUCGUCCACUCGAUGCCAGAAGGCAUUUAUAGCAAUAAUGAGGGUCCGGGAAAGGAGAGUUGGUUAAACCCAAUACCUAGAGACUUAGUGAAAACAGUGUUUUUAUCUUAUUGCUAAUUUGUUAAUCCUUUCAACGCGACGCCUAUGCACGAAUGCACUUUGGUCAGUAGAUUUCUUUGGUGGUCUAAGGGUUGAAGUUGACUGGUAGAUACUUAGUCUUCAGUCCUCUUUUAAUGCGUCAAUAUUUUUCAUAAUAUGAUUAAAAGGUACUUUUUAACCUGAUUGGUGUUAAUGUUGUUUGAAACUUUCACGAUUUUUACUAAUUAUUAUAAACUAAAGCGGACAUAUUCGCGUAAUAAGCCUUAGUGUAAGGCCUGAGUGGACGCUCGGAGCGGAGCUUAAUUCGGCCGGGCGUGCAGCGUGGCGUCGGGCUCACAAGUGAUUUGAGCAGCGUGCACUAAGGCCACUCCUAUACUUUUGCAUUUGUUUAACAUGCACGCCGCACGCCCCGUGCCGCUGCACGCUCAACUCGAGCGUCCACUCGGGCCUUACACUUAAAUAAGUUCACCUUUAGUUAACAAUAACUUAUGUUAAAAGCGUCUAAUACAACGCUCCUUUCCCGAUGACUUAAAUUACAAUACGACAAUUCGCCUGACGAUCGCUGCUACUGCCAAUACUUAAUCGAUAUUAUAAUGCCUGUUGUUUUAUAUUCUAUACAUUGUAAAUGAGCCGUAAAAUGCAGGAAGGUAUCAUUAUUGUAAAGGUACUAAUUAAGCCAUUCGAUGAAAGAGUUGGAACGUAAUCUUAAUAUUUUCAUACUCAUAUGUAGUCAGCUCUUACGAGUUGAAUCUGUACAACUGUAUUAAGUUUUCAUGUAGUUAUCUUAAUAGGUAUCUUUAUCUGUUUUUAUAUCCCAUAAUUGUUCGAUUAACACAAUUUGUUUGACCGAUCUGUUAUUUUAAGUACAAAAUUACGAUUGGUUAGAGAAUUGUCCCAUCGGACUGAUUUUAGUAUCUGAUGGUCUACACCGCCAUAUUGAAAAAUCUAAAAUCUUUAGAGUUAGACCAAGAGAAGUCUGCAACGAUUUGGAUAGCACACGCACUACACGCAGUGCAAGUCUUAUUUAUACGUCAUAAUUUUAUAGAAGUUAGUCGUUUAAAAUAACAGUUGCACUGCAUGUGCUAUCAAAAUAGUUGCAGACUUUUCUUGGACUAACUCUAUCUUCGCCUCUAACAGACACCGCCUGAGCGACAGAGAGGUAGAUAACGUUUUUCGAUUUUUCAAUGUUGGUGGUAGGUCCUCUGGGAUAUGAACGUAAGUUAAAGCGCUAAAUUCCACUUUUUUGCCGCGAUUGACUGGCAGAAUAGUUCGUAUAUAAAUAUUUGAUGAAAACACAGAAAAUGUCCUCAUAUGUAUGAGUGUUGUGCAGGCUUAAGUAAGCGCGGUCCUGGCGUCUGUUGUGCGAUUUCCUAUAGCUAUAGCUAGCGUAGGUAGAGUAAGUUGUUAUACUUGUAUGGCACGCACGAUGUAAUGGAUGAAAAGACAGCAGAAAUAUACAGAUUUGCAAUA